AUGGCUGUAUAUCUUCAUUCUGGACCCGCUAGUGCGCGGUUACUUCCCGAGCCUGGUGGGAGAUCCCCCGAGAGCAACAGGCUCGACGACUUCGGUGCGCCAGGACCAGGGAUCAACCUCACCGAUGAUAGCUUCAUCAGUCCGGAAGAUGGUGUACCCUUCAACUGCCCCGGCGCAGAGCAAUACCGCGUGCACCUACUCUUGCGCGAACCGUUGGUCAUGUACAUCGAAAACUUCGUAUCGGAAGCCGAAGCAAACCAUAUCCUGGACAUCAGUGUGAACAAAUACUCCCCGUCGAUCGUUUACGACGGCCAAAUCGAACGAGUGGACCCAACGAAACGUCUCUCCGACCGUGCCCUCCUCGAUCGCGACAAUACAGUCCGCUGCCUGGAGGACCGCGCCCGUGCCUUCCAGGGCUGGCGCCCGAACCUGUACAUCGAGCGCAUGUGGGCGCAGCGCUACAACGCUUCCGGCCACUACCGUCACCACUAUGACUGGGCCGGAUCGCUGGCACGGGGCGGGGACCGCUUCAGCACAUUUAUGGUCUAUCUCGAUGCAGAUUGCGAGGGCGGGGGAACCAAUUUCCCGCGAUUGAAGAUGCCGGCUGGAGAGGAUUGGUGUCGGUUUUUGGAGUGCGAUCAGCGGGGAGAGAAUGGGCAGAAGCAGGAGAUGGGUAUCACAUUCAAGCCGAUCAAGGGCAAUGCGGUCUUUUGGGAGAAUCUGCGAGCGGAUGGGACUGGGUACCUGGAGACUUGGCACGCCGCAUUCCCUGUUACAAAGGGGACUAAGGUUGGCUUGAAUAUUUGGAGUUGGUACCAGCCAGGAAAGCAGAGGAACCGAUCGGGGAUGUGA